AUGUCAUACACUAAUAAUACAAAUCAAAUAGCAUGCCAAUGCGGAAAACAAGAUAAAUUGCUACCAGUUUUGCCACAAAGUUCAAAUAGUAGGAUAUUGAGGAUGAUGCAACAACCAGGAUGUGGUUGUAUGACACCAUCAUCAUUUUCUAGUGGUCAGAAUUAUUACACUGAUAAUCAGCCAAACUUAUUGGGAUGUUUUUAUUGCCAGAAAGCUCAGCACUGUUGUAUUUGUGAUUUCUCAAAGAGAGCAGGAGUGAUGAACCAAAGCAAUAUGCUUUGUUCUUGUUGUGCAUGCCCAAUACAACAGUUCCCAUCAUGCCAAUGUGGAACAAAUUAUUCAAAUAUUCAACAGUCUAGUCCAAUGAUUUCUACACAGGCACAAAUCACAGAAAUUACAAAUUCUAAUGGCGGAAACGUAGGUGGAAAUGGAAUUUGCAAUGGAAAUGACAGUACAGUACCAAGCACUUCACCCUCAGGAACUGUAUUAGUAUCCACAAGUUUGAAUUCAAUGCCAAAUCAAGGACAACAGAUUGCUACACAACCAGAAUUGAAUGGCAAAAGCACUUCUAUUAAUCCUGAGAUGAUUAAUAUUGCACUCUCAGGCCAAACCCCGGAAAGUCUCUCUAUUUCUAUUGACUCCAGAGGAGUUAUUACACUCGGAGUUAAUAAUCAUCCAGCCCCUACUUCUAACAUAUCCACCUCAAAUUCCAAUGAGGAGAGCAGAAAUAGGAUUAGAAAUGCUCUAGGCGAUAGACAUUAA